AUGACUUGUCAUUUGCAAAGUAACCUAGGGCCAGGAAAUACCAUGAGCGGGGGAAGAGCGCGUCACAGCGCAUGCAAAUAUUGUCGGGACCAUAAAGUGCGGUGUGAUGGUGGCCAGCCAUCAUGUGAGAAAUGCCGCAGGGCCGGCGAGGAGUGCAUUUAUCUUCCAACACAACGACCCACAAGGGCUGAUCUCACUCAAACCGUGGCAUCACUACAGAAGCGACUACGUAAGACGACAUCCCUUUUUGUCUUUCACUCUUUUGGAUAUGAUUGCGUCCUUGAUACGAUUCUCGUGCUAACCCCGACACAAGGUGAAACAGAAGCGCGUAUCUCAGGAGUGCCCAGUCAACCAAAUGGCCCAUCGCGCAUCGCCCCGAAAUCACAUCCUCAUUGCAAUACAGAUGGGAGUAACAGUUGGGACAGCCAACCCCCCGCGGCUUUCCUCUGUCCACUCCCUAGUACAACUCAGCACGGGUACCAGCUUCCAUCUACUCAAUCUUACCAAAAUACCUCGCCAGGCUCCUUUAACGAUGCUAGUCUGCGCUCGCUGCACGGUAACGACGGGCAGUAUAGGAUAACAGCGGAAGAAAACGAGCCAACAAAUUUUGGCAGGGAGAAUGGAUUAGGAAGUCACCCUGGAGUAGAUGUGGAAGACAUUCACAACAACUCCGGUCAAGGUCAGAGCUAUGUUGAUAUAACGGAUGUAUUAACUCCGGAUAUCAGCGAAAUUACAGAGGCUUCCUUUUCCCUUCCCGCACCCGUACCAGUCGCGCCACAGGGGGCAACUUGCAGUGAUAGCAACAUAAGCGAAGGCGUCGCCGCCCACCUAGCCGACUUCUCCUCAGCUGUCUUCCAUACCCAGGCUGAGAUAGCUGGCAUCGCGCUAGCUGUCGCCGAAUAUAUUACCUGGAUGCGGAAGGUUCCUGCGGGAAUGACGCCGCCAAAUACCACUCUUGUUUUUACAAAUAUACUCGAGACAGUUGAGGAACGACUGCGUGAGAUAGGUGAGAUGGCUCAAACUAAACCACGCGCUGCGUUUCAAGAGAUGAUUGGGGGAAUCCAGAAGCUUGGGCCGGCCGGUGCCCCUGUAUAUAGCAGCUUGAGUGGGCUGGAAGAGAAAUUCGAAAGACAAUCAGCAGAUGUGGCGAAAGGUUUCUCCAUGCGGUAUAAUGCGUGUGCAUUAAUGUCGGAACAAGCGUCAAAUUUAACGCGUGGGCCUGCUACGCGAAUUGAAUCUCACUAA